CUUCUUCUAGCGCAUCAGCCGCACAGAACAGAAGAAAAUUAGCAACUAUCAUUCCGACAUGAAUCCCACCAAAACCAGAAGACGCUCCCUCUCCCAGUCUACCCCACCUUCCCCAAUCGAAACCCUGAUAAGUUUCGAUCCCGAUCCCAGUCCAAACCCCAACCAUUCCGCCGAAUCCCACGACUGGUCGUCGCUGACCGACGCCGCCCUCCACUCCGUCCUCUCCCGUCUGUCCUCCCUCGAGGACUUCUUCGCCUUCCCCUCCUUCUCCGAAUCCUUCUACGACCUCCUUCGCCGCCGCCUCUACUCCACCCGCCUCCCCUGGUCCCCUCCCUCCCGCCGCUCCCUCGCCUUCUCCCACGGCUUCCUCAUCACCAUCUCCUCCGCCUCCGCCUCCGGACCCUCCAAGCUCCUCCUCUGGAACCUCCUCUCCGGCGCCCGCAUCCGCCUCCCCAAAUCCCCCCACCGCCUCCCCCGCGUUAUCCUCUCCUCCUCCCCGGCCUCCUCCUCCCCUGCCUGCUCCGUCGUCUGCUUCCGCCCCUGCUCUCAGUCCCUCCAGUUCUGCUCCUUGGGAGAUCCCUUGUGGAAAUUCCACACCUUCUCCAAUGCCCCGAUCAUUCACGACAUGAUCUUCUUCCGCGGCCGGCUAUACGCUCUAACCCCCCGCUGCCGCCUCGCCGCCGUCGACCUCGUCCCCCGGCCCGAAUUCACCCUUCUAGGACCCAGCAUUGACCCCAAUUCCGAUGACCCGGGCAAUAAAAACUACUGUGAGUGGACGCUCGCCGAAUCCGGCGGGAAUCUGCUGCUUGUCAGCACCUAUCUCUCCAUGAGGUUCAGCGUCUUCCGCUGGGACUUUGAAGGCGGCAGGUGGCGGGAGCUGCCGGAUUUGGGUGGAAGGGCUCUGUUUCUCGAAGAUAAAGGGUUCGCCGCUUCCAUCGUUCCGACUUGCCCGGCGGUGAAAGGGAACUGCAUAUACUAUGCGGAUCAUCGUGAGAGCGUGUAUUAUGAAUUCUCUCUGGAGGAUCGGAGCCGCUCGACCAUCUCUCUCAAUCCGUCUAGCUCGCUUCCACAUCACCCGGGUGCGCAUGUGCCGAAGAUUUGGGUUUUCCCGAGCUUGUGCUGCUUUUAGCCCUCAAGCAGGAAAUGCAGGACCUACUGUGGGGCGUACUGGUGCAUGGAUCUUCUCCAUUUGUAGAAAAUUCUCGCACACCAUUCGUCAGGCCGUCUAUACGACAGACAGACGGGAUUGAUAUCAACCAGUAGAGGAAAUCUGACGGUUGGAUAAAAAGCAGUAGACAGUGGUUGUAAUUGAUCAAAUUGAUCCUCUCUUUUGAUGAAUGACAAGGCCAAGAUCAAAUUGAUCCUCCCUUUUGAUGAAUGACAAGGCCAAGACCAACCUGUAUUGGAACUUUUGGCACACCAGAGUUGCGGAAAAUCGGCAGCCCAUACGUUAUAUAUACAGUUGCUCUUAUUCAAUCUUUCUGGCAAACUGAAAUGGUUACAGACGGGUGAGAAUGAUGAGCGGAGGAUAGUAAUGAUUGCACAUUGAGCGAGCAAAGCUGGAAAUUUCAUGCGAUGUGUGUGUUGUUUAUGCCUUGUUUGCAAUCCAAGCUGGGUUGAUUUAAUCUCGUAAUUUGUUGCGAGUUUGGCCGGCAUGGGAUCAAGUCAUGGAAACUGAUAAUUAAAAUUUUCUGGGCUCUGAUUAAGUCCAAACGGCAACCUGAUUAUAAGUAAAUCUGAAAAAAAAGAAAAUCUCGGCGAUAUAUCUAUGGAAUUUUAUGUUUGUGCAUAUGUUCGUAUGUCGUGGUAAAGAUUGUCUGAAGUGAUGUAGGCUCUUAUUUGUGUUUGCUAGUAAUUUCCGGUAGUCUAGUUGGUAUAUUAUCUUUUUCUUGAGCAGUAGUUAUUUAUUUUAA